AUGGCCAACAAGAAGAGCCACAACAAGGGAUACACCCCCAACAAUAAUAAGAACAACACAAACACCAACAAUAAUUCAUCAGGUUACUACGAUGCUCAAAAACCAAAAAAUUAUACUCUACAAGCACAACAAAAUACAAUAGCCAAUUCCUCGUUUGGGUCUAACAAUACUUUUGGAACAUCUUCUUCAGUUUUCGGUACAACAAGCAAUAAGCCAGCUACUUCCUUCGGUGCAUCCUCUUUCGGUACAACAUCCUUUGCACCAUCAAAUAAUAAUAUAGGAGGAUUUGGUAGUAGUACAUUUGGUUCUUCCUCCUUCAACAGUAGUAGGAGUGGUUCAGGGUUUGGCAAUUCUACAACAAAUUCUUCAACUUCAGUGCCUGGAAGUGGGGGUUUUGGAUCGAGUUCAUUUGCAUCAUUGACUAAACAGUCAACCACAAGUGGCUUUGGUCAAUCAUCUUUUGCUAGUAUUGGAGCCUCUUCUACAAAUAGUGGAUUUGGAACAAACAAUAAUAAUGGAGGAGUUUUUAAUUCAUCUUCUGGAGGCGGAUUCGGAUCUUUUUCAUCAGGAUCACAAUUUGGCAAUCCAUCCACUUCUUCAGGAUUUGGAUCAUUUGCAAAUAGUAUUGUUGGCACCAAUAACUCAGUUGCGGGUACAGGAGGCUUUACUCAAGUAGCUACAAUGAGUCUUCCUCAAUCAAAUCCUUCACUCCCAAAAUCUACUGUAGGAUUUAAUCAACCAUCUUUGAAUCCUACUAAUAAUUCAUUAAAUUCGAGCACAUUUACAAAAACAUCAACAGCCACUACUUCAACAUUAAAAAGUAAUGUAACUGGAACUGGUGGAUUUGUCAGUCAAAUCAUUCCACAACCCAAUACAGCCCCUAAAUUUGAUCCUUCCAUAAAAAGUGACAAAUAUUCGAAUACAUUCACCAAAGUUACUGUACAAAAAUCUGCAGCUCCAAUGUCUGCAGCCCUAGAUGCCAAAGAAACAAUGACCGUUGUUAAGGAUAAAACAUUGAUUGAGCAACUCACAGACAAGUUCAAUGAUUUAUUCCACAUUACAAAUGACAAUUUAGUGAACGAAAAGCUAAUUAAUAAUUACUUUGGGCAAUUAACAAAUGAUGACAAACAUGCUUUUGGUGCCUCAACUUUUCACAUUGGAAAAAUACCAGAGGUUCCUCCAUCCGAAGAAUUUUGUAAAUAA